AUGGAACCAGCCUUCGGCGAGGUGAAUCAGCUGGGCGGCGUGUUCGUCAACGGCCGGCCGCUACCAAACGCCAUUCGACUGCGCAUCGUGGAGCUGGCGCAGCUUGGCAUCCGUCCUUGCGACAUCAGCCGCCAGUUGCGCGUCUCGCACGGCUGCGUCAGUAAGAUCCUGGCUCGUUACAACGAGACCGGCUCCAUCCUGCCCGGCGCCAUUGGUGGCAGCAAGCCACGCGUUACCACGCCCACAGUGGUCAAGCACAUACGGACGUACAAGCAGCGUGACCCGGGCAUUUUUGCCUGGGAGAUCCGCGACCGGCUUCUAGCCGACGGCGUGUGCGACAAGUUUAACCUUCCGUCCGUCAGCUCUAUCAGCCGCAUCCUGCGCAACAAGAUCGGGAACCUGGCCCAGCAGGGGCCCUAUGAGGGCAGCAAGCAGCCGCCGCCACACGCGCACGCGCAUCCGCACCCGGCGCCGACACCCGCCUCCGCCGCGCUUCCCUACAAUCACUUGUACUCGUACUCGAGUUCCAAGGUGGCCACGCCGCCAGGCGUGCCCGCGCUCCCCGGACACAUGGCCAUGCACCGGAUAUGGCCCUCGUCGCAUUCGGUCACGGAUAUUCUGGGGAUCCGGUCCAUUACCGAGCAACAAAACGCCGAGUGGCUUGCCCACAGCGAGCAACUGUGUCACAGCACCCAGCACCCCGGCCUCUCGGCAGCCCACCACCCGAGCGUCAGCCUCCACGGGGUACAGCGUCACCACGUCGGCCUCUGUGAUCGUACGCACAUGGCCGCUGCCCAAACGAAAUGUUCCCUGACUCAG